AUGAUUACCGAAAUCGCAACCUUCGAGCUUGCCUCCCCCGCCGACCUUUCAGACCCCUCAUCAACAACGAGAUCAACCAUCUGCGCCUUCCUAACCGCCGUCCUAGCUACCGAUGGCGGCGCACGCGCAGCUUACUUCGGCCAAUCAGCUGAGAAUCCGGAUACGGUCAUCUUGUUCAUCGAUUGGGACUCUACGGAUGCACAUCAUCGGUUCCUAGCCUCUCCCACACACGACGACCUCGCCUCCCCCGUUUUAGCAAUAAUGAACCGCACCAGCCCGUCUCAAAUCAUCCACCUCCCACCCAUCUCACACGCCCUCCUCGGCGAGCAGGCAGACAUCAACGUCACAGAAGUGCUUUUCUACUAUUUCCCUUCCUCCUUAACGGAUGAGGAUAUCGCCGCCAUCGAUGUGAGAAUGGACGUUCUGCGGCCUUCGCUCGAGAGCUCGGAGGCGAAGGGGGUAUUUGAGGGGUGGGCGGAGGAGGAGGAUGUUGUGUUUCAAGGUUUGAGAGGGGAGGAGAGGUGUAAGGUGUGGGUUCAUGUUGUCGGGUGGGAGGAUAUGGCGGCGCAUGGGAGGAUGGUGGGGGGUGAGAAGUUUGAGGAUAGUAGGGAGAUGGUUAUGGGGAUGCAUGAUUUGAAGGGGAUGGUGAUGUUGCAUACGGCGUUGGUGAAAGUGUAG